AUGAGUUCGAAUGUGACACCAGUAAAAGUGACUCCAGAGCACGUUCUUUGGUAUAUUCCCAAUAAGAUUGGUUAUAUUCGUGUCAUCACCGCCGCCCUUUCUUUUUUCGUUAUGAAGAACCAUCCAACAGCCUUUACAUGGCUAUACAGUACAUCGUGCCUGCUGGACGCACUAGAUGGUACAAUGGCAAGAAAGUACAAUCAAGUUUCUAGUCUGGGUGCCGUAUUAGACAUGGUUACCGACAGAUCCAGCACUGCUGGUCUGAUGUGUUUCCUAUGUGUGCAGUAUCCUCAAUGGUGCGUUUUCUUCCAAUUAAUGUUGGGCUUGGAUAUCACUAGUCACUACAUGCAUAUGUUUGCCAGCGUAAGUGCCGGUAAGACUUCUCAUAAAAGCGUGAGCGAGGGUGAGUCCAAAUUGCUACAUCUUUACUACACUAGAAGAGACGUAUUAUUCACCAUCUGUGCCUUCAACGAGCUGUUUUAUGCCGGGUUGUACCUGCAGUUGUUUUCCAAUUCUGCCAACUUUGGUAAAUGGACUACUAUUAUAAGUUUCCCGGGUUACGUAUUCAAGCAGACUGCAAACGUUGUUCAGCUAAAAAGGGCUGCUAUGAUCCUGGCAGACAACGACGCCAAGAAUGCCAAUGAGAAGAACAAAACUUUCUGA